GUCAUUUAUAGCAAAUCGCAAAUUUCAUGUCAGAAUAGGAAAUGAUAUAUCAUAAAUACAUAAUGUUAAGGCUGAAGUUCCACAGGGAUCUGUGCUAGGACCAUCUCUAUUCAAUAUCUACUGUCACGAUAUACCAACACCGCAACACUGCCAUCUAGCAAUGUUCGCAGAUGACACUGCAAUAAUAACGCAAAACCAAACUCUUGAAUCUUCAAUAAGAGACCAACAAGGCUCUCUAGAUGAACUAUCCCUUUGGUUCUCAAAAUGGAAACUAACACUAAACCCAACCAAAAGCGAAGCAAAAAUAUUUACACUCAGAAAAUACAUAAAUCUAACCCUACUUCAAAUUAACAAUAAAGAAAUCAACUGGAAUAACAAAGACGACACAGUAAAAUAUUUGGGCCUGCACCUUGACGACAAACUAAGCUGGAAAAUACACAUCAACAAAAAAUUAAACCAAAAAUACACUAGGCUACGAAUACUGUACCCCCUAUUAAAUCAUAGCUCUACCAUACAAAUGAAAUGCUCUCUACUCCUUUAUACAGCAAUAAUAAGACCUUUAGUAACCUAUGCAUGCCCAGUAUGGGCAUCUGCCUCCAAAACAAAAAUUAAAAAAUUACAAACCCUCCAAAACAAAUUCCUAAGAAUAGCCCUAAAGGCCCCUUGGUUCAUGAGAAAUAAACAAUUGCACAACGAUACAGGCAUACCACACCUAUCUACCUGGAUAACACAACAAUUUAAAAAUUUUCACGAAAAACUCCACAGAGUUGACGGAGCCCGUCACUACAAUAUCGGCAAGAGAUCCACAAAUCUAAGACUCAAACCUCGGCUACCUCAGGACAUCCUACUAGAUCCCAAUGAAGACACCUCAACCUCAGACUCUGACCCAGACUAACCUAACCAAAUCUACUAUACAUCACAUAAUAUAAUAAUAAAAACAUUGUAAAAAUACUUAGUGUAUUGACACAAUUAUAUUAAUAAAUAAAAAAAAAAAAGACAUGCAGUAUUGGAAAAAAUGUC